UGAAUUAUUCGUCGAAUUUUUCACUUUUCAAUGAGUGAGGAGUUGAACAAUUCGGGGGUUAUACAAGUUCAAAGUUUAGUAUAUAAUUAGGUGUAUUUUUCAUUAUUAGAAAUUUUUUCACUUAAUUUAUAAAGAUUUCUUUUAAGGAUUAUUAACAUUCAUUGAAUAAACUUUAAUUCAAAUUAAUUAGAAGAUAUAUUAGUAUAAUUACAAUGUCUUUCAGAAACGCUUCUAUUCGUAUGGCUAAGAUUGCCUCAUCUCGUGGUGCUAAACAAGUUGCUGCUAAGAGAGCUCUUUCUGUUUUAGCUACUCAAGCUUCUAGACCAAUGGUUGCUGCUUCCAAACAAUCUAUGACUCCAAUGGCUGUUCGUGGUGUUAAAACCAUUAAUUUCGGUGGUACUGAAGAAGUUGUUCAUGAACGUUCUGACUGGCCAAGAGAAAGAUUAUUAGAAUACUUCAAAAAUGAUACUUUAGCUUUAAUUGGUUAUGGUUCUCAAGGUUACGGUCAAGGUUUAAACUUGAGAGACAAUGGUUUAAAUGUUAUCAUUGGUGUUAGAAAGAAUGGUGCCUCUUGGAAAGCUGCUAUUGAAGAUGGUUGGGUUCCAGGUGAAAAUUUAUUUGAUGUUACUGAAGCCAUUGAAAAGGGUACUUAUAUCAUGAAUUUAUUAUCUGAUGCUGCUCAAUCUGAAACUUGGAACACUAUUAAACCUUUAAUUACUAAAGGUAAGACUUUAUACUUUUCCCAUGGUUUCUCUCCAGUUUUCAAGGAAUUAACUCAUGUUGAACCACCAAAGGAUGUUGAUGUUAUUUUAGCUGCUCCAAAGGGUUCCGGUAGAACUGUCAGAUCUUUAUUCAAAGAAGGUAGAGGUAUUAACUCUUCUUAUGCUGUCUGGAAUGAUGUCACUGGUAAGGCUGAAGAAAAAGCUAUUGCUUUAGCUGUUGCCAUUGGUUCUGGUUACGUUUACCAAACUACUUUUGAAAGAGAAGUUAACUCUGAUUUAUAUGGUGAAAGAGGUUGUUUAAUGGGUGGUAUUCACGGUAUGUUCUUAGCUCAAUAUGAAGUUUUAAGAGAAAACGGACAUACUCCAUCUGAAGCUUUCAAUGAAACUGUUGAAGAAGCUACUCAAUCUUUAUAUCCAUUAAUUGGUAAAUAUGGUAUGGAUUACAUGUACGAUGCUUGUUCCACUACUGCUAGAAGAGGUGCUUUAGAUUGGUACCCAAGAUUUAAAGAUGCUUUAAAACCUGUCUUUGUUGACUUAUAUGAAUCUGUUAAGAAUGGUUCUGAAACUAAGAGAUCUUUAGAAUUCAACUCUCAAGUUGAUUACAGAGAAAGAUUAGAAGAAGAAUUAGAAGUUAUUAGAAACAUGGAAAUCUGGAGAGUUGGUAAGGAAGUUAGAAAAUUACGUCCUGAAAACCAAUAGAUGGGUUGAUCUUCAUUAUUUAAAAAAACACAAACAAUAUAUCACAUAUACUUCAUAAUGGUCUUUCUUGAAUGACUUAAUGAUUUUAUCACUCUAAUCACUUCAAUUCUUUACAAUCUUUUUUAUUUAUUAUUUUUACGCUUUUUCGUGUUUUUUUAUUAUGGGUCUGCUUUUGGUUAAUUAAAACAAAUAACUUAUAAAUAUUGCAUAUAUAUGAACUUACUGUUUGUUGAAUAAACAUUGUUCUGCCGUUAAAAU